UCAGCACCUCUAAAGCUAAUUAAUUAACAUGUCAUAUCUCAUUAAUUACUUCCUGGGCAUCUUCUGACCUUUUAAAGACCAAAUAAUAUUGACAUUUAUUGACAUUUUGAGAGGUAUUAUUCACUUUCUUGCCAAGAGGUAGAUGAGAAGAUUGACACCACUCUUGCAAGCAGUUAGCUUAGCAUAACAUAACCAUAAGCAGGGGAAAACAGCUAGCUUGGCUCCUUUACUUUCAUAUUUUUCUAACUAAGUAACAUGUUAUAUCUUGUUAGUAUAAUCCAAACAAAAACCUAAGUGUAAAAACAACAUUUUGGGAGGAUUACGUUCUGCACUUUUUCUUGGCCGAGCACAAUAACUUCCAGGAGUCUUGGGUGGUUGCGUGAUGACAAAACUCCAGGAAAUUACAAACUAGAUAUAACCUGUUGAUUAGUGAGCUUUGAAGGUACUGGAAGGUGGAUUUUGUUAGCUUUGGGCAAGUUUCCCCUUGUUAGUCAUCUUUAUGCUAAGCUAAACUAACCCGCCGUUAUUCUUUGUGUCGUCAUUAGCCUCGUCAGUGGCUAGACUUUAGAGGUUUUAUAACGUGCCCUGUGCCAUGUGCAGCACAUUGAUGCCCAUUCACAGAAAAUGACUCAUUAUGAGAAUUCAAUAGGCGUCCGUCACACAACGCAUUCGGUCUGUCCGGUCGCCUGCUGAGUUCAAUUUAGCAUGUGGAUUUUGAGGGAAGGAAUACUCAAUUAAUCCUCACCUCUUGUGAGCUUUUUUGACCCCACUGGAAGGAAUUACAGCCCACCAUGUCUCCUCUCUUUAUAUAUUUGAAUUCAUCCCAUCUUUAAAACAGACAAAAUAGAGUCAUUCACCUUUUUCUUUUCACCUAUUAAUGGAGUCAUGUGGGUCACGGACAUGUUUGCUCUGACCUUUAAACUUCGUGUGACCCUUUGGCUUGGAUAACAGAUGCAUCCCUGCAGGAUAUGUGAUGAUUUUUUUUACACUUAACAAUUUGAAGAUGCAAGCAAAAUCCCCUCUCCCUGACUAUAUAAGAUGGCCGAGUGCUCAGUCACAACAGUCGUUAGCUGAGGGCAGUCCAGUUGUAUGCCAAAGUUGUGUAGAGUAGAGCUAAAUAUUAUAGAUACCAUGAUCUCCAUCUACUCUGUCCUGUUUACUCUAGUGCUGUUCUCUGAACUGAACCACUUGGUUACUGUAGCCAUGCCUGCAAGCAAAAUGGAAGACGGCGUAACAGAGCAAGACGGACUGGGUUUGAUACUGGGUGACAAGCCCAUGACUGAGCACGCUGUGGUUCCCCCCAUGUACAGACGACACCUCGUGCUGGACAACAACAUCAGCGAUGACGACGGAAACCCAAAAAUCAUCAUUGUCUCGGACAUGAGGCUGAAAGGACACAGCGCUCGUGGACUGAACCCAGCCUUUACCCGGAGCCUGCCUCUGAUCACAGACCGAAGCUCGAGCCACACUCCUGCCGAGUACAGUUUGAAAAUAGACCGCAGAGACACCGAUCUUGACACCGACCGCACCAGGACACACAGCAUGCAGGAGGACUCCAGCCGCAGUCCCAGCUACACAGUGGCAUGCGAGGACUAUGUGCACGUGGUGGAAUUCAGUCCUUUCAGUUCUGGUACUCCUGCCUCUCUCCUGGCCUAUGGUGGAAACCAGUAUGUGGUAGUGGGCACCUGUCUCUUCCAGGAGGAGGAUAUGGAGAUUGAAGGAGUUGAAUUUAAUGUCCUUCGUGCUUUUCAUCAUGAAUUGCGAGUCGAUGCUCUUGCCUGGAGCCCAGAGUCCCACCUGGACAGGAUACCCACUAUCAGAUUUUGCACCGCUGCAGCUGACAGAAAGCUACGCCUGUUGACUUCUGAUCUUCAGGAUAGGCAUGAAGUCAAGGUGAUGGAGGGCCACACCAGCUAUAUUAACCAUUUGGUGUUCGAGCCCACAGAGGGGAAACAAAUUGCUUCCGUCAGUGAUGACCACACUUGCAGGGUGUGGGACCUGGAUGGAAAUGAAAAUACAACUCUCCGACUUCGUUCUCCUGGCAUCAGUGUAUGCUGGCACCCAGAAGAAGUCUUUAAGUUAAUGGUGGCAGAGAAGAAGGGAACAAUUCGCUUCUAUGACCUGGUGACCCAGCAGGCCAUUCUGUCACUGGACUGCGGUCAGUCACCUCUCAUGUCGGCAGACUGGUGCCUCACCAACACUAUCAAAGUUGGCGCUGUGGCGGGCAACGACUGGUUAAUCUGGGACAUAACUCGCUCCAGUUACCCACAAGAAAAAAGACCAGCCCACAUGGACAAAGCACGGUUAUUCAAGUGGUCUCGAGCCAAUGAAAACCUCUUCGCCACCACCGGAUGUCCAGGAAAGAUCAGUAGUCAGUUACUCAUCCACCAUCUUGGCCACCCACAGCCUGUGAUGCUCGGAUCGGCCACAGUAGGGUCAGGCCUCAGCUGGCACCGGACACUUCCACUCUGUGCGAUUGGUGGCGACAGAAAACUUUGCUUUUGGAUGACUGAAAUGUAGAUGUCUGUACAGCACUUUCUACAGAGGAUAACUAGGUCCUCUGUUUCUGUUCAAGUUAAUGUUUCAAUAAAAUAUUUUUCUGAGUA